AAGCGGCGGUGGAGGGAUGCUGAGUGAAGUGUUUGCUAGUGGAAGCAAUGGAGGGCCCACUCCGGGAGCGAAAAGGCCGAUCGCUAUGGAAACCACGAUUUUAGAAAUUUAUAAUGAGAGGGUGCAUGAUCUUCUUGCUCCGAGGUCUGCAGACGGAGUUGCCGGACGGGUGAUCGAUAAUGUGUCCAUCAAGGGAAAGGAAGGUCAAGGAGGGGAGAAGAUUAAUCACGUCGACGUGAGGGGUGGCGAGGUUGUCGGGACCUUGCGCAUCUCUGAAUCGGAGCCGAAGAAUUUGAUGCUUGCAAUCGAGCGUGGAAUUCGAUGUUGCGUGCAGGCCUGUACAGAGCGCAACAAUAGGAGCUCAGGAAGCCACUGUAUGUUGAUCUUGAGGAAUCCUGAGGUCAACGAUGAGUUAACAAUAGUCGAUAUGGCAGGAAACCACUUGAGAAGAGGUCAACGGGAAGUUGACAAUAGUAGAUAUGGCAGGAAGCCACUUGAGAAUGCAGAGCGUGUUGUGGUUACCAUAGAAGAGGUCAAGCAGAUAUGUGCUAUAAACAAAGAUCUGAGAGCGUGGCGACGUGUCGUGGAUGUAAAGGUGAGCGGAGACGCGUACGUUCCCUACUGUGACAGUAAGCUCACAGAGUUGUUGAGGGAGUCAUUUGAAGGCGAAGGACGGAGCUUGAUGAUUCUCUGUGUGAGUCCUGCAGCAAGCCAAAUUCAUGAAACGAUAGGUACACUGACGUAUGGCGCCAAGGCAAAGAGGAUAAUUAAGUCGGUGCUUGUUGAAAGAACCGAAGGUAGUGAGGCUGAAAAAGAAGUGGAGACGUUGCAUGCUUGCAUGGAGAAGAACGAUUCGCGCUUCAAGAUGAUGAAACUUCAUGAAACGACGGGCCGAGACUUGGAGGCGCCUGCUUUAGAAAGAGGAAGAAAUGACAUUGUACUUCUCCGGAUUGAGGAGGUGUCCGAACUGCCCCUCGAGGGUGAGGUGCCUGAGAGCAGUAGGCGUUCGAGCGGGGAGAAAGGCGUCGAGCACCCAGUUGAUGUCGCUAGUGGAGGAAACAACGCGCUAGUUGGCAACAAAGUUGCUGAGCCCGUUGGAGGUACCGCUGUGAAGUUGAAUGGUGAUAAUGCUGAUGAUGCCACGACCUAUGAUGACGAUGGUGAUGGUCGUAUUGAUGAUGAUAAUGAUGCCGCACGGUUGAAUGAUGUUGCUGCUGCUGCUGCUGUUGGUGAUGAUAAUGAUCACAAUGAUGAUGAAGACCAUUAUCAUGAUGGUAAUGAUGAUGAUGAUAAAGAUGGCCCGUUGAAUGAUGUUGCAUCUGUAGCUGCUGAUUAUGAUGACGAUUGUGGUAAUGGUGAUGAUAAUGAUACCCCUGCAUUAGAUGUUGCCGCCUCUACUGCUGCUCCUGAUGAUCGUCCAGGGGUUGGAGUUAAUGCCGAGUAUAUGGUAGACGACAAAGUGGAUGCCACUUCCACUUCCACAGACAGGCAUUUCGUUAAUGAUAGAGGCACUGCCUCCGGGAUUGUUAGGAAUGUUAUUGAUGAGUCUAACAUAUGCAGUGCGGAACGGCGGGAAGGCGAAGGCGACCGAUGGACUUUAGGUAAUCCAGGGGUGGAUGCCUCUUCACCUCUCAUUGAUGAUUGUGUUGUUAAUGAUGGACAGAGUGAUACAAUAGUUUAUGCGAAUGUUGUUGGCGAAUCUGAUGAUGGCGAUGGCCGAUGGGAACUGGGCAAUGCAAGCGUGGUAGUGGAUAUCUCUUUUGACGUAAACUCGUUUGGCGAGAGUCGGGAGUGGAGGGUUUGUUGAUGCUAUCACCUUCACCAAUUAGAUUGGUAUCUCCAAUGGAUUGUGAGCCGGCUGGAUUUGUUGGUACGCUUCCUAACAACGG